ACCGGAUCGGAGCCCUGGUAAACAUAAGAAAUGGGUCCGAUCGUAGUUCCCUGUUGGAACAUUUCCUUAGUACACGCAUUUGUAUGAAUGAGCAGCAGCUUAUGAUAAGAUAGCCUAUUGAGGAUAUUUAAACUGCGAGAGGCAAACCCACAGGACCUGUGCAUAAAGAAGCAGAUGAUAUAAUCAUCCAUCAGCCAUCAGACAGUCUGCAAUAGGGAGGAUAUCAGCAACACUGUAAUAAACACUUGUUGACACACACUCUUACAAACAUACACACACGGACGAUCCGAUGGCCCUUGAGAACUCCACCUUCACCUCACGCCCAGAGUCCCUUUCUCUGCCCGCGACGGAGAAGGGGGAGGAGCCUGUGGAUGAGGCUAAGGAGGUAACCACGGCCACUGGGGUGUUCAACGUGUCCGAAGAACUGGGACAUGUGGUCACUACGGAGACAGCCCCACCCUCCGAGCCCCCCAUUAAGGUCAACCGAUCGUUUCAGUCCAAGCUGGCAGAGAGGGAGGCCACAGCCAAUCAGCACACAGCAAAGACUCAGGUGCCAGAGAAAGAGAGGGGCCGAUUUGGCUGGGGCCGCAGCAGGCGCAAGCGCCAGCGCUACGUGGAGAAGAACGGCCGAUGUAACGUGCAGCAUGGGAACAUGCGCGAAACCUACCGCUACCUGACUGACAUCUUCACCACUCUGGUGGACCUCAACUGGCGCUGCUCACUGUUUGUCUUCGUCAUGGCCUACGCCACCACCUGGCUCUUCUUUGGUGCCAUAUGGUACCUGAUAGCGUAUGUUAGGGGCGACCUGGAGCACCUGGAGGACGAGACGUGGACCCCCUGCGUCAACAACGUCAACGGCUUCAUCUCUGCCUUCCUUUUUUCCAUUGAGACCGAGACCACCAUCGGCUACGGCCACCGCGUCAUCACCGACCAGUGUCCAGUAGGCACCAUGCUGUUACUGCUGCAGGCCAUACUGGGGUCCAUGGUCAAUGCCUUUAUGGUGGGCUGCAUGUUUGUGAAGAUCUCCCAGCCCAAUAAGCGUGCGGAGACGCUGGUCUUCUCCAAGCACGCCGUCAUCUCCCUGAGGGACGACCGCAUGUGCCUCAUGUUCCGCGUGGGCGACCUCCGCAGCUCCCACAUCGUGGGCGCCAACAUGAGGGCCAAGCUCAUCAAGUCCAAACAGACUCAGGAAGGUGAGUUUAUCCCUCUGGACCAGACAGAUAUCAGCGUGGGUUUUGAGACAGGCGACGACCGGCUGUUCCUUGUAUCGCCUUUGGUCAUCUCCCACGAGAUUGACGUCCACUCCCCCUUUUGGGACAUGUCCCAGGGCCAGCUGCAGAAAGACGACUUUGAGAUUGUGGUCAUCCUGGAGGGCAUGGUGGAAGCCACAGGGAUGACCUGCCAAGCACGGAGCUCCUACCUAGCUGAUGAGGUACAGUGGGGUCACAGGUUCAGCCCUAUGAUGUCUUUGGCCGAAGGCUUCUUUGACAUUGACUACGGUGCCUUCCAUCACACAUUUGAGGUAGCCACACCUACCUGCUCAGCACACGAGCUCUCAUUGGCUGCAGCUCGCUUGGAGGCUCACCUUUAUUGGUCCAUCUCCAGUAGGUUGGACGAAGAACCUGCUCUGACAAGCCAGUCAGGGAAGCAGCUAGACAGCGGCUCAGCCAAUGGAAAAGGAGGGGUGGGGCCAACCUUUAUUGUUGGGGAAAUCACGGGAAUUGAAGAGCAAUCAGGACCAGGGGAGUUGAACGGCUGUGUCACCACUGACCAGUCAGAAUCAGUGGCCUAAACUGCAGAAUGCAUAUCAUGCCAGCAGGGGAAUAUCAUACGGCAUAUGUAUCAUGUCAUACAAACUACAGGAUAGUUACUGUACUUUAUAGCAGAAUAUCUAUCUCAAAGAAGAAAUAAAUGGUUUAUCUAGUUUCAUACUUCACUUUUUUGUUUUGGUUGACUUAAGAAAUAAUUUGAACUCUCUGUUUUCUGUACGGAUGUACAGAUUAAUGUGUGUAUGUUGUACCUUCUAUUGGUAUUGUUAAAGUCACAUUUGUCUAAAUAUAUCCAAUGACAGAUUUACAUGUGUAGACAAUUCUUGGUCAGAAAACUAUUUAUUGAAAACAUUGAAGUAUUUAAGAAGUGCCCAGAGAAAGUAAGAGGGAAGCGUGUAUGUUUGAUGAAUGUUAAGUGAAAGAAGAAAGUGAAAAAUUACAGAUGUAUAGAAUCAGUUUUAGGACGUCAGUGUUUUCUUUCAAUUGAGCAUGAAUAUAGAUAGAGAGGAAUUUAAUCGGUAGUACCUCUAAGCUUUAUUGAAAAAAAGAUCUCAAGAAAUUAAAAUGACCAUCAAGCAGGCAUGAGACCUAGUUUAUGUAAUCCAUUUAGUUGUUUUAAUUAUGUUCAUUUAAGUGUUAUCAAAAAUUAAGAUGAAUUGACAUCUUCAACUGAGUACUUUGUGGCACCCUGCCCCCACCUCCACCAACACUACACAUACACAAGGUGGCGGUGACAUUUUGGAGAUAAACAAGAAUUUGCUCUCUUGGAAAUGUAUUGCUGGACUGUUUCACACACAGAAAGUCUUUAGCAUAAUCAUGUCAUUCAAAUGUUAUAUUUUGGUUUCUCUGUUGAUUCCACUUUCCUGCUUCUGCUGCUGUGUACAUAAGGUACACAUUUCUACUUGAUGUUUUUAAUAUUUCAUAUUACAUAGGCUACUAUUAGGAUAUUAAACUAUAUUAUUCACGUUAUUUGUAACUUGUCGUUGUAAAUGCUUUAGGAUUAUUGCAAAGUGGUUUUGAAUUCAGAUAAAUCUGAUAGAUAAUGCCCAGUAGACUCAGUAAACAUGUUAACUAAGACUUGUGACAAAUG